AAAAACAUUUGUCGAUAUUAUGAAAGAUCUUAUUUUAUCGUGUGACAUCUAUUUGGAAUACACGAAAAGCGGUCGCAUGCCCGAAAAAACAAUUCAACACAUUAUUUCAUCGGGUGAUUAUAUAAUAAAAAUUAUAAACACUCUGAAAAGCGAAUUUACUCCGAAUUAUCGCAAACGAACAACGGCAAACGGCAAACGUAGUUUCAAAAACACGACGAACACCAAUGAUUUGGAAAAAAUUAAGGAUAUAUGCGAUUGGAUCGACGCAUAUCCCGACAUACUACAAUUGUACAUAUCUAAAAGAUCGAUAUUGCUGAUGGAUUUAUCGGACGGCGGUGGAAAAAGAGCAGCGAGCGAGAAUGCAUCUUUGCGACACGAGAAGAAGGCUGUUAUGAUCGUCGAAAACAACACAGCGGUCGAUGCAUCAAAAAGUAGUAAUAGCAGUAGCAAUAAUAUACUGUGGAAUUAUGACAACGACGAUGUUGCUGUCGAUGAUACUGUUGCUGCUGUCUGUGAUACUUUACUUAUGAAAAACGACGAUGAUGAUGAUGAUGAUUAUGAUAUUUUUUAAAUAAAAAAAAUUAUCCCAAUAUAAUAUUUUUUUCCGUUAUUAAUAUGUGUUCUGGUAGUUGGGUCGUGGUGAAAUUAUAACCCAAAUUCACGAUAUCCUCGUAUGCUGGCGAUUUUAUCGGGGCGUUUAAAUCGUUGGAAUAAUAAAUAUCCACACUGUCGAUCGUGCUACGAUGAUCGGUGAAGCCGGUGCUGCACGGAAACAUUUUAUACGCAUCCGUGAUCGGUGAAUUUAUGUUGAAACAUUUGUACGGUAUAUUGGCUUUAUUUUUUUCACCAGCCACAACGACGUUUUCAAUCACUUUGGAUGAACACGGCGUUCGUCUGUCCGUAUUGUCGAUAUUUUUCACUUUUGUUUCGUAAAAAUCACCACAGUCGCAAAACAUAUUUUCAAUGUUUCCGUCUUGGUUCAAUUCUACUUUUGAUUUCACGUCGGGAUGCGCCCCGUACAAAUACGUACUCGCGCAAUAAUUUUUCAUAGGAUGAAACCUUUCCAUGGGAUGUUAUAUAUAGCGGUUCUUGUAUUCAUCUGUACCGUUAAAGCGACACGUGUAUCUGUAAGAACCGUCUUCCAACAAUUCAUCGGCGUAAAAACUAUAUAUACCGUUUGUUAUAAUCUUUUUAUUCUCUUUAUUGUUCCACAGUACGUUUAAGGGGUCGUUUAUUCUUUCAUUGUUGCACGCUACGACGGUAUUGCCGGUUGGUCCUCCGAAAAUU